AUUGUCUGAGGCGGCAGUGGAGACCCAGGAAAAAAUCUCGCGGAUUCCGCCUGAUCUGGCCCUAGUCUCAUCUUGGAUCCUCUGAUCUCUUCCGUGACCGCACCACGCCCGAGAUGAAUCUACGUUCUGUAUUUACUGUAGAGCAACAAAGGAUUUUACAGCGUUAUUAUGAAAAUGGAAUGACAAAUCAAAGUAAAAAUUGCUUUCAGCUCAUAUUACAGUGUGCACAGGAGGCUAAGCUGGACUUCAGUGUAGUCAGGACGUGGGUUGGCAAUAAGCGAAGAAAAAUGAGUAGUAAAAGCUGUGAGUCAGGAACAGCAGGAACUGUGUCUGGUACCUCAUUGGCAGCUCCGGACAUUACAGUCAGAAAUGUGGUUAAUAUUGCCCGCCCUUCCAGCCAGCAAUCUUCUUGGACUUCUGCCAAUAAUGAUGUCAUUGUAACUGGCAUAUACAGUCCGGCAGGCUCAUCAAGUAAGCAAGGCACUACAAAGCAUACAAAUACACAAAUUACAGAAGCACAGAAAAUUCCUAUUCAGAAGGCAGCCAGUAAAAAUGACACUGAAUUUCAAUUGCACAUUCCUGUUCAAAGACAAGUAGCACACUGUAAAAAUGCUUCUGUGCUCCUAGGGGAAAAGACAAUUAUUUUGUCAAGACAGACAAGUGUACUAAAUGCUGGAAACUCAGUGUACAAUCACACAAAGAAAAGCUACGCAAGUUCUCCGGUGCAAGCUUCUGAAAUGACAGUACCUCAAAAGCCAUCUGUGUGCCAGAGACCUUGCAAAAUUGAACCAGUUGGGAUCCAAAGGUCAUAUAAACCUGAACAUGCAGCUCUGGCAUCACAUAACUUAUGUGGGCAAAAGCCAACCAGUAGAGACCCUUGCUGUAGAACACAAAACUUGGAAAUUCGUGAAGUGUUUUCAUUGGCCGUCAGUGAUUACCCUCAGAGAAUUCUGGGAGGAAAUACCACACAGAAGCCAGGCUCAGCAGAAGGAACUUGUUUGUCCAUUGCAAUGGAGACUGGAGAUGCAGAGGAUGAAUAUGCCAGAGAGGAAGAGCUAGCAUCAAUGGGAGCACAGAUAACAAGCUACUCAAGGUUUUAUGAAAGUGGCAGUUCCCUUCGAGCUGAGAACCAAAGUACAACUUUGCCUGGACCAGGAAGAAACCUGUCAAAUUCACAAAUGGUGAAUAUUAGAGAUGUGUCAGACAAUGUACUGUAUCAAACUAGAGACUACCAUUUGACACCACGGACCUCAUUGCAUACAGCAUCAAGUACUAUGUACAGCAAUACUAAUCCAUCACGGAGUAAUUUUUCUCCACAUUUUGUAUCAACAAACCAACUGAGGUUAUCACAAAACCAAAACAAUUACCAGAUUUCAGGAAACCUUUCUGUGCCUUGGAUUACAGGGUGUUCUAGGAAAAGAGCACUACAGGACCGCACUCAAUUCAGUGACCGAGACUUGGCUACUCUUAAGAAGUACUGGGACAAUGGUAUGACCAGCCUGGGCUCAGUAUGUAGAGAGAAGAUUGAAGCUGUUGCAACAGAAUUAAAUGUCGACUGUGAAAUAGUUCGGACUUGGAUUGGGAAUCGAAGAAGAAAAUACCGUUUAAUGGGAAUUGAAGUUCCACCUCCAAGAGGAGGCCCUGCUGAUUUCUCUGAGCAGCCUGAGUCUGGUUCUUUGUCUGUACUCACACCAGGAGAGGAAGCUGGGCCUGAAGUAGGAGAGGAUAAUGACAGAAAUGAUGAAGUGUCCAUCUGUUUGUCCGAAGCAAGCUCUCAAGAGGAGUCCAACGAACUAAUCCCAAAUGAGGCCAGGGCACAUAAGGAUGAAGAGCAUCAGGCAGUAUCCGCAGAUAAUGUGAAAAUAGAAAUUAUCGAUGAUGAAGAAAGUGACAUGAUAAGCAAUUCUGAGGUAGAACAAGAGAAUUCUCUCCUGGAUUAUAAGAACGAAGAAGUCAGAUUCAUUGAAAAUGAGUUAGAGAUUCAGAAGCAAAAAUACUUUAAGCUCCAGACUUUUGUGAGAAACCUGAUCCUCGCUAUGAAAGCUGACGAUAAAGAGCAGCAGCAGGCACUGCUGUCAGAUUUACCUCCAGAAUUAGAAGAGAUGGAUUUCAGUCAUGCCUCACCAGAUCCUGAUGAUACCUCAUUCAGUGUGUCUUCAUUAUCAGAGAAAAAUGCCUCAGACAGUUUGUGAUUGGGGGUGGGAAAGAUGAUAUAGUCUCUUGGUUGCCUAACUGGUGUGUGUUUCAAGAUAACUGUACUCUGUUUCCCAUAUAGUCUUCAACUGGAAAAACACAUUGUUAAAACAGACGUAUGCUGUGAAGGAAUGACAAGAUUUAAUGGCUACAGUACAAAAGAAGCAUGUAAAAUACUUGAAAUGGUUUGUUUUUAAAACUUAUAAAAUCCUAGAAAAUUAUAAAUUUUGACCAACUCAGCUAUGAAAUUUAUUAUAUCUGACUUCUGAAAGGUUUUUUUUUGCUUAUUCUUUAAGAAGAAUCUUAAUUUUAUUCAGAAAUAUAGAAAUGAGCACAUCUCAACAUUACUAAGUUGCUAACACUUGGUUAGUAUUAUUUUUGUAGCCAUUACAUCUUUCUUCCUACUUCAUUUUCUUAUGAUUCAUAUACAUUUUUACUCAGGAAAGUGGGCUAAAAUUUUAAAACAGACCUAAUCAUAUAUUUAACCUGGAUGAAUCCUGGGAUUUAUUUUUCAACUCCUAUGAGAAUUUGGCCUAAGAUAAUGAUUGAAAAUCGAAGCAAUUAUAGGAUGUAAUUUUAAGUUAUUGGUACUCCCCUGACACUGGGGAAAGGGGAAAAUCCUCUGAAAAGUCGACUCAUCAUCAAGACAUUUAAGUACACAAAGACUGUACUUUGUAAAAAACACUUUUAAUCUCAAUUCUUGUAUAAAGUGAGUGAUAGUAUUGCUGAUUCAUAUUCUACCAUAUAGUAAAUUUAUAUAAUUGAGUCAGACAAAAUAUUGCACAAAUAUUCAAGUUUACCAACAUUUUCUUAAUAUUUUUCAUAUCUUAAAAUUUUUGAAACAGGAAAUCAAAGUAUGCCACUGAUAUUUGGUUGUUUUUAUUUAAUUCUAGACAUACAACCUUGCCACAAAGUUUACCUCAUUUCCAUAUGAGGCCUGCACAGAGCCAACAAUAAUGUCAAAAAAAGAACUAUAGUACUUUGAUUAUAGAUCAAAGACCUGAAUCUCCUGGAUGCUAUUCUAUGAAUACACACCGAAAAUGGGCAUGGUACCCAGUUGUUACUAUUAGUAGGUACCAAAUGGCAGCAGACUGUAGACAUCUUUUUGCAUCUCCCUUUCUGGAAUACCAGAUGGCAUUACUAAGGUCUGUAGAUGGGAAAAUACUAGUUUCUGCCUAAACUUACAAUGUCAUAUAUUUGUAACUAGGUUGUAUGGAACUAUAUUACACAAUUAAAUUAUUAUCUAUUCCCAAAAGAUGCUUGAAGCAUCUGUAAAACUGUUUCAAUUGUCAACUUUCAGAUAAGUUUCUUAACUGCAGCUAUUCUGGUCUCAGAAUUUACUGAUACCAAUUUAUGAUUACAGAAAGACCCUCAUAAAUCCCUUUAGCUCAGAAAUGUCCCUUCUCAUCGAUAUAUACAAGUAAAGUUCAUUGGUGACCAUUCAGUUCAUCAAAUGUUUGAUUUUACACUGUUGCCACACAACCUCUAUGGCUUCCUUGUCAGCAGAAAUAUUUCAGUAGUCAGCUAAACAUGUCCUUUAACUGAGAGUCAUGUGGUUCUUUGCAAACAACUUUUGGUAUUCCUUGCUGACAAACCAAAUUCCAUUCAGGGGAAAGACUACUGAGCAACAGAAGCUCAAACAUUCAGAUUAAGCUCUUCGGUCACAUAAAUUUCUCCAUAAAAUAAGAGUCCUCACUCUAUACAACAAAUACCAAAUCCAUUAUUUUAUGAUAUGGAGAAUUAAGACAAAUUCUCCAGUAGCUCAAGCUGGCCUUUAACUCCCAAUAUAGCUGAGGAUGACUUGGAGUUCUGCUGUUCCUGCCUUUGUUUCCCAAAUGCCAGGAUGGAUUUCUUUUAUUAUGAGCACAUUUAUAGUCUCAUGUCUCUCUGUGACUUUCUUUCGUGUCAUUGAGUUUCUCUAUAAACUUAAACUGCUUCAGUUUAAGAAUCUUCGUAGUUGGUUUUCAUUGCAGAGUAAAUCAGGUGAGUCUUUCCUAUGUGUUUUAACACACAAAAAUUUAUUUUUCACAUCUUAGAAAUGUGUCACUACAUUUAAAAAUAUCCUUAGAGUUCUCACUAUAGGAAAGAUAUUGUGCCAGACGCUGGAUUUUUAAAUAAUCUAUGGACUAUAAAAAAUUAUUUCAGCUGGGUACUAGGACACAUAGCGAUAACUCCAGCACUGUGUAGGCUGAGGAAAGCUGGCUUCAAAACACAAAGAAACAUUUCCUGUUAACCUUUUUCUGUCUGUUAAUAAAAGUUUUUCAAAUGGCAGCUAUAAUUGAUUGAAGGAUUCUUAUAGAUGUGAUUCUUAGAAAGAAUCUUACAUCUCUAAUUUUGGAAGGAUGUAUAAACUGUUCUAUUAUUCCUAUUUAAAGUUUCAUUCAAAUAGAAGCUAUGUGUCCUAACAGUCUAAUAGGACUACUUUUAUCCUGGUGUAUUUCUUCUAGCCACAGGAUUAUAUCUUUUAUGAACAUAGGAAUUAAAACAUUUAAAAAUUUUAAGUGGCAGAGUUCUUUUGUUUUGUUUUUGUUUUUAAAACAUUUGUUCCUUUUAUUCACAAAACAUAAGACUUACCCCUUUGUUGAAUCUCUUUUCUUUAUGAUUUUACACAAAGGACCUUGAGAUAUAUCAAUUAUAAAACAUGUCAAAAAGAAAGCAUCUUUAAAAGUUUACAAGUAUGUACUUAUACAAUCCAUCAAUGUAAAAAAGACAUUGGAUUGAAUGUAAGGUAUGUUCAGUUGUCAUUAGAAUUAUUUUUGUUCUUUUGGAGACUUUUCUCUCCUCUGGUCCUGACUUCUCUUUGAUUCUCUAUCUGCUAGGUUUUUCGCAGUGUCUCUUGGCACCAUUCUGACACCUGUUGUCAUCGUCAUCUCCUUUAUGACCAGAAUGCUUUCUACUCCUCUCCCCUGGCUUGGAGUGAUCUUUUCUUCUUAUAUUAUCACUGUCUUGAUUUCAUGUUCUUUGUUUCCAAUUUUCAGAAAAAGAAUCUUCACUCUUGCUGCUUCUUCCCUGGCUCACCAUGCUUGUCUUCUAGCUCUCUGUGCGAGCCUUGUUCUCUUUCUGCCAUUGCCAACUCUGCUGUAACUAUUCUCACGGCUUCUGUCCUCCAUGGGCUUUGCUAGGGGAUCUUGCCAGUCUGCAUCUCGUGAGUUCUGCGCUCUGUGUCUUUCAGACCUUGCUCUCUCAGUCCUCCCUUUGGUCCUCCCUGACUACUUCUCACCUCCUGUCACGUGUCUGGUGGCCCCUGGCUAACUUAUCUACUCUUUACCUCUGGCCUUCUCUUGUCUCUUCUUUCUUGUACCUUUAGCUGUAGGAGGAGCAGUCACUUGCUUCACUGGAUUACUCUAAGCUGCUCUUGCUGCUGUCAGAAUCUGAGUCAGAGGGAUCAGACGCCAAGAAAGACUCUGAAGAAUGGAGAUGUCAAGAUUGGUUUCUUUUGCUCAGCUUCUGGUUUCUGGACUACAAUCACCUUGGGCGUAUUUUUCAGAUGUUCUCGAAGUUCAUUUAUCAAACCUCAGAGACCUAUGGAAGUGAAGAAAUUGAUGGCAAACUGGGUAUUAUGUGGGUUGUCUUGGAGUAACAGUCCUUCAAAUAAUGACUGAAGAGUUUCAUCCUUUAACCUCGCAUUCAGUUUAUGAAGUCACAUGUAUUCACACAGUUCCUGGAAGAAGAUCUUGACAAAAAUCCUACUAGAUGAUGUCACGGUCUCUUCACUCAGCUUUACACAUUCGAGAACACUCCAUGGAAUUGCAUCUGUAUAUAAAAGGUGAGUAAACAUCUUAGCAAUAUUUCUCAAUUUGUCUCUAAGCAAUGAAUGCUGUUGGAUUGUAUCUUGAAUAUACUUUCAAAUAAUUCCAUGUAUUCUCUUUUUUGCAUACAAAACCACCCAGCUAACAAGCCAAAAAAUUUCUCAUCGGUCCUUUGUUGGGCACAGCAAUCAAGUUUCAUGUGGCAGAGUUCUUUUGUUUGGGUCUCAGCAAAAUCCAUUUUCAGCAACUUGUGUGCACAUUCUUCAAAAUCUAAACUUGACUGAAUGGUAAGAUACAUUGUAUAACAAAAUGAGCCUAGGUUGAUUUCUGUUGUGUCAUGAAUAGUUACUUUUUGACCUCCUUCCUCUCCUUUUUCUUCUUCUUUCUCUUCCUUAUAUUCACUACUUCCAGCUUCUUGGUCUGUGUCUGAAUCACUGUCUCCUUCAUCAAGGAUUUCCUUUUUUUUAAUAGCCUCACACUUCUCUUCAUUCUCCAUAAAAAUUGUGACCCAUCUUAAAAACAUUAAGAUUGAAGUUAUCUCCAAGGAGAGCAUAUGUGUAAACUGACCGUCCUCUUCCACUAAGGCCUUCCAGAAUAACAGGGCGGUCCUUGAAUCUAUCCUUCCGUACAGCAAACAUCACUUCGAUCAUGUACUGAACUCUUUUGUCCACCUUAGGCUCAUGUAGAAUCUUUCACAGGCAUCAAAGUUUGCAUUGAUUCCUAUUGGUGACAACUGGUUUAAUUUGAGACCACAUUCCUUGAGGAAGCUGAUAGCUUCUUCAACACUCUUCAAGACUGUUGGUCUCUCUAGAAGCAAAGUGAGCAUCUCCAGUCACAGAACCUCAUGUGCCACAUUUUGGCUAGUAAGAUGUGCCAAAAAUUUUGAAGCAGCCAGGUAGUUGUUAUCAUUCCUUUGAUAUCCUUUCCAAAAAUUAAGAAUUAAUUUCUUGAGGAUUAAUUCUCCAAUUUGUGGGAAUUUUGAGUUGAUCAUUGCCACCAAAGCUGCAUAAGCAUGAGUAGAAGAUUGGAGAAGCACUCGGUGAUUGCAGAACAGAUCUGGACAGCCAUCCUCUCCCUCUGACUAUGUUCUCUUGAAGGAGCUCUUGGAUAAAUAAUACUUAUAUUGGAGAUGUUGACCUUAUUGAGGAGAACAUUGAUUGAUUUCUUCAGGGCCUCCCAACUCAUCCUCUGUUCUGCUAAGCUGUUUUUAUCUGUAACCUGUUCCUGCAUCAUCCUGAGCUUUGUCAGAGGAAUAUAUGCUCCCCAAGUGUGGGUGAGCAGUAGAUCCAUCUCAUCCUUCUUCUAUGUAGGUUCUUCCUGAGUAGAACUCUGGGUUAUUCCUCAGCCUGGGUUUCUCAUUUCAGGAUAUGGAAAUUUCUGUUACUGUUUCUGAUGAUCUGCAGAUCUAUCUCUGCAUUUUGCUCAGUCCCUACCUUGUGAUCCCAUGCUGCUGUCAUUGUAAGAGUAUCCUCUUCUAGAACCCUCAUGGUCUGACCAGCUGUAGUCAGAGUAGUCUCUAUGUGUGUGUUGGGGCGGGGGUCCAUUCUUGUUCUGCGUAUCUGUCUUCUGGGGGAGGAGCUCCAGAGGUACGAGUUGUGGCUAUUCCUUCUGUCUCCCAGAGGACUGUUUCACGUGUGCCACACUACUUUUCAUUUUCUGCUGUCAGCUGACCCAAUAAACCAGAUGCCUCAGGUUCAUUCAAGAGACAUUUACUCAAUGGUCGAGGCCCUUGACAGUUUUCUUUUUCUGCCUCCACACAUCACCUACAGCUCCACCAUGCUGCCAUCACACCUGAAGUGCCAAAAGGCGGUGUUCUAUAGCAAGACACAAAGGAAAUAGCUUUGUCAAUGCAAAAUCAACCAUCUUUGGCAGAUUGAAAAUAUAGCAAUGACCUUGAAGAAGUCAAGAUCAAGUAUUAUAAAAUGAUUAUCAAAUUGGAACACUAGCUUAGCAUGUACAGAAGGCCCCCAGGUUCAAUCCCAAGCACUUCAAUAGGAAAACCAUGAAACUACUAUAAUGGAAACAUUUUUUAUAUAUAUGUAGUGGAUUUGGUUUUGAGAUUGUUUUUAAAAAACAGGAAAAAUAAUAGCUGCUGGCUGUUUUCAUGAACAUAUUUGUUGACUUGUGAAAAUCAACUAACUAGCAUUUCCUUGACAGUAUUAAAAACAUUUUAUACUACCAGAAGUAUCACUCCGAGAAGCAGAAGUAAAUGGGAAAUUUUUUCCUACUUUUACUUGCAUUUAAAUGCUUAACUUUAGGAUAUCAAGGACUUUCUAAUGUUUAUCUGAGAGUAGUUAUGUUCUAAAAUGCAAGUUAAAAGUGCAACGCUGAAACUACAAUAACAACAAAAAGAAGGUACCUUCCUCAUUCAGUGAAGCUAAAAUUAGUUGCAAGAAAUGAAAAUUGCAGUUGCCCUGGAGAAUAGGAAAAUUAACACAUGCAAAGAAAAUGUUAAAAGAAAAUUGGCCUGUUUAGGGAACCUGGGGAUGUUUUGUUGUAAGGUCAGUUAUCAACAGGACUUUUCCACAGCAACAGUAAGCAGUGUAUGAAAUGUUUGUUACUAUUGGAGAAGAAAAUGCUGUGGCCCACUCACAUCCUGUGUUCAGUAUAUUGUUAAUAUCGGGACCUCAAAAAAUGUCCAAGAGCUUAUUUCUACAAAGACAGAGACAGCUUCUUUUAGGGCCCUUUUAUUAGGGAGUCUUACCAGUUUGUAAGAGAAAUGUUAAGUGGCCUAUAUAAACAGACACUGAUUGAUCAAAAUGACUUUGUCUCCCUUUUUGUGGAGGGUUGUUCAGCCACUUAGCCUGAUUGUUUAUAAUCACCUUUGAACGAAAUCCUGAAAAUGUUAACUGCUGCCUUUUAUCCAGGAGGUAGUGAUGAAAUACCAGGAAUGGUGUGUCCUUUUAACAAAAUUUAUUUUUAAUCACAUCCCCCGAAUUUAAAAAAAAAAGUUUUUGUGCUUUGAAGUGUUACCUGUGCCACUGUUUCUAAAUGGUGGCUAGAUUUGUUUUUAAGUUGUUGUUAACCUUGACAGACAGCACUGUGCCAUGCCCUUUGCCAAGUUCUGCUUUAUAAUGCUCUAAUGAGAAGCCUACUAACUUGUGAACCUACAGUUGACAUAAACAAGCCUUUAUUAAGAACAGAUUUGCCAAGGGGUGGAAGAAGAAAGGGAUAUUUUCAUGCUAAUACAAUUAUGAUUGUUCCAUUAAAUUGUAUACUGGGUAUAUUUUGUUCUUCAUUGAAAUUUUAUUUUGCAUUAACUUACUGAGUAAUUCCAUUUAGCAAUCCUGCAUCCCAUUUUACUGGUACUACCUCUGAAACAUAUUAUCUCCUUAAAACCAUAUCAGAUUGUAAUGUGAAUUUUUGUAGAGUUUUUAUUUAAACUUUUAUAGAGGCAAUAAAUGAUUUCCAACUAACA